CCCUCGACCACCCCCGCUUGCUUCCUUUCUUCCCCUCCUAGCUUCCCCCUACUCUCUUUUCUUUGCCGACCAUGAGCUCCCACGACAACGAGGAACUUAUCGACUACGAGGACGAGCAUGACGUGGUCACCAACGGCGCGGCAGCGACCACUGCCACCAACGGUGCUGUCACCUCAACAGCGCCCGCGGCCGACGGUGAGGGCGAGAAGGACAAAAAGAACUUCUCAGGGAUCCACUCGACAGGCUUCAGGGAUUUCCUGUUGAAGCCCGAGCUGUUGCGAGCAAUCAGUGAUUUGGGUUUCGAGCAUCCCUCUGAAGUCCAACAGGAGUGUAUUCCUCAAGCCGUCCUGGGAAUGGACGUGCUGUGCCAGGCGAAAUCCGGGCACGGAAAGACGGCUGUCUUUGUUCUGGCAACUCUCCAGCAGCUCGAACCGGUCAACGGCGAAGUAUCGGUCAUCGUACUUUGCCACACCCGCGAGCUUGCGUUCCAGAUCAAGAACGAGUACGCUCGCUUCGCGAAGUACAUGCCCGACGUCCGUGUCGGCACUUUCUACGGCGGAACUCCCGUGGCCAAGGAUGCCGAACUCCUCCGCGACAAGACCAAGUGCCCGCACAUCGUGGUGGCGACCCCCGGCCGACUGAACGCUCUCGUGAGGGACAAGGUCCUCGACGCCUCGAAAGUCAAGCACUUCAUCCUGGACGAGUGCGACAAAAUGCUCGAACAGCUUGACAUGAGACGCGAUGUCCAAGAGAUCUUCCGGGCGACGCCGCACCACAAGCAGGUCAUGAUGUUCAGCGCCACCCUCGCCAAGGACAUCCGGAUUACAUGCAAGAAAUUCAUGGCCAACCCGCUCGAGAUCUUCGUCGACGAUGAGACGAAGCUCACGCUGCAUGGUCUCCAGCAGCACUACGUGAAGCUCGAGGAGGUCGGCAAAAACCGGAAGCUGAACGAGCUCCUCGACACGCUCGAGUUCAACCAGGUCGUCAUCUUCGUGAAGUCUGUGGCGCGUGCGAUUGAGCUUGACAAGCUCUUGGUGUCAUGCAACUUCCCUAGCAUUGCUAUCCACUCCGGGCUCGCACAGGAGGAGCGCAUUGCGCGAUACACCGCCUUCAAGGCCUUCGAGAAGCGUAUCCUUGUGGCGACCGACAUCUUCGGUCGUGGUAUCGAUGUGGAGCGUGUCAACAUCGUCAUCAACUACGACUCGCCGCCAGAUGCCGACAGCUACCUGCACCGCGUUGGUCGUGCCGGUCGUUUCGGGACGAAGGGUCUUGCUAUCACGUUCGUCUCAUCGGAGAGCGACCAGCAGGUGAUGGCGGCCAUCCAGUCCCGCUUCGAGGUCGCGGUUCCUGAACUCCCCGACCACAUUGAUCCCGCGAGCUACAUGACGUCCUAAUUACCGAGCACCAUGAACGUGCUCGCUCUCUAAGUCUCUCGCGCUGUCCCGCUUUCUGUGUCGUAGCUUACCUUGCGCCCCUUGUAACCGUACUGUUUGACUCUAUACACCACGCUCCCC